AUGGAGAAAUUCCUCCAUACUUUCCUUUCGAUUUCAAUUGUUUUCUCAAUUUUGCUUGUAGUUUUGGGCAAUGAACCCCUUAACUCCACUUAUAUUAUGGAAGCCAAAAAAAGAUUUAUGUCUAUUGAUCCAACUAAACUUCCGGAUCCUCCGAUGCCAUCCUAUACUUUUACAAUUUACAAUCGCGAUUUAUUUGAAAAGUCAAAGUUUAAGGACUAUGACUCAUUACUUGAAAGCAGGACUGCUCGUUGUCAAGCUAGAGCAAAUUAUUUGGCAUCAAUUUUAAAAAAUGGCAGUGCGAUUGGUGCGAAUGAAACUCUGACGAGGCCACAAGAUGUACAGGAAAGUAGGGCCCGCGAAAAGGUUCCGAAAACGACAAGUACACAUUUCAUAAAUGGUGGGUAUGUUAUAUCUUUUACUCUUGGCACUGAGCAAAUUAAAAAUUACUUGCUAUUAGACACCGGAAGUGAUUUAGUUUGGUGGCAAUGUGGACCAUGUAAGGCAAAUAAGUGUUACAAACAAAAAACUCCUUUAUAUGUUUCAACGAAUUCGAAAACAUAUCGAAAACUCGAUUGCAUUGUAAAAAGUGAAAGUUGUUCAAUCGAAUUGCCGAAUUAUGAAUGUACUCCGUUCGGUAAUCAGUGUCUCUAUGAUGUGAACUACGGGGAUGGAGAAAGAACAAAAGGUUGCAUAGCAGACGACGUGAUUAGUUUUGUUUUAGACCAAAAUCCAGUAAGGAUAGUUUUUGGAUGUGGCAAAGAUCAAACGAGUGGAACACAUUUUAGUGGUGAAUAUUCUGGAAUUGCUGGCAUUGGACGUAGACGAAUGAGUGGUGGAUAUUCUUUAUCAUCACAAUUUGAGGCGGACAUAAUGUCCAUGUGUCUACCGCGAUUUUUUUCUGAAAAAGGAUCAACAAUUAGCUUCCACACAACACCCUUUAAAAAAACAUCAGCAGAGCUAUUACCAAAUUUCGGAUACCCCAAUUUUUAUUUCGUCAACCUUUAUAAAGUUUUUAUUAACGACAAGGAAAUUCCACUGUACCCAUCGUUGUGGAAUUUUAAAAAUGACAUGAUGGGUGGGAUCAUUGUGGAUACAGGAACAACAUAUAGCCGUUUUCCUCAAGAUUUUUAUACUGAAUUUCGUUACAUAUUCAAACAGGAAGUACGAGAUAUUCCUAUGGAUGCUCCGGCUGGAGCUUUCGACACUUGCUACAGAGCUGAUCCGAGUGCAGAAUUUCCUGUUGUGAAGUUGUACUUUGGCAGGCAAGAUCCGAAUAACUUGUUGUUACUGGCACAAGAUCGGGUCGUGGUGCACAUUCGAGGGAAAUAUUGUUUGGCUUUUUUGGGAUGGCACCGAUCGCUCGCAAUUUUAGGAAGUAAUCAACUCCAAGGUGUAGGAUUAACUUUUGAUACUUCAGCAAAUACUUUGUCCUUUGACUUAGAUGCAUGUGAUUGA